GGAGGGAGGGAGCCUCAAAGGCCAAGGCCAGCCAGGACAGCCUUUGGGAUCACACUGAGCUCAGCACAUCCCCAAGGCGGCUGAAUCCUCUGCACCGAACAGCCCAGGGACGAGCCCAGAGGCCCCAUGGAGUUCCCCGGCCUGGGAGCCCUGGGAACCUCAGAGCCUCUGCCCCAGUUUGUAGAUCCUGCUUUAGUGUCCUCAACACCAGAGUCGGGCACCUUCUUCACCUCUGGGCCAGAUAGCUUGGAUGCGGCAGCCUCCUCCUCCAGCCCAAGCACAGCCACUGCUGCAGCUGCUGCACUGGCUUACUACAGGGAUGCCGAAGCCUACCGACACUCCCCAGUCUUUCAGGUGUAUCCACUGCUCAACUGUAUGGAGGGGAUCCCAGGGGGCUCACCAUAUGCUGGCUGGGCCUAUGGCAAGCCAGGGCUCUAUCCUGCUUCAACCGUGUGCCCCACCCGAGAGGACUCCCCUCCCCAGGCCACAGAAGAUCCAGAUGGGAAAGGCAGCACCAGCUUUCUGGAGACCUUGAAGACAGAGCGGCUGAGUCCAGAUCUCCUGACCCUAGGGCCUGCACUGCCUUCAUCUCUCCCUGUCCCUGUCUCCAGCAAUGCAUAUGGGGGCCCUGAUUUUUCAACUACCUUCUUUUCUCCAACUGGGAGCCCUCUCAAUUCAGCAGCCUAUUCUUCACCCAAGCUUCGUGGAACGCUGCCCCUGCCUCCCUGUGAGGCCAGGGAAUGUGUGAACUGCGGAGCAACAGCUACCCCACUGUGGCGGAGGGAUAGGACAGGCCACUACCUGUGCAAUGCCUGUGGCCUCUACCAUAAGAUGAAUGGCCAGAACAGGCCCCUCAUCCGGCCCAAGAAGCGCCUGAUUGUCAGCAAACGGGCAGGUACUCAGUGCACCAACUGCCAGACAACCACCACAACACUGUGGCGAAGAAAUGCCAGCGGAGACCCUGUGUGCAAUGCCUGCGGCCUCUACUACAAGCUACACCAGGUGAACCGACCACUGACCAUGCGAAAAGAUGGAAUCCAAACCCGGAACCGCAAGGCAUCUGGAAAAGGGAAAAAGAAGCGGGGAUCCAGUCUGGGAGGUGCAGGAGCAGCUGAAGGACCAGCUGGUGGCUUCAUGGUGGUGGCUGGGGGCAGCAGUAGUGGAAAUUGUGGAGAGGCAGCUUCCGGCUUAGCCCUGGGCCCUCCAGGUACCGCCCAUCUCUACCAAGGCCUAGGUCCCGUGGUACUGUCAGGGCCUGUUAGCCACCUUAUGCCUUUCCCCGGACCGCUGCUGGGAUCGCCCUCAGGCUCCUUCCCCACGGGGCCCAUGCCUCCUACCACCAGCACUACUGUGGUGGCUCCACUCAGCUCGUGAUGGCAUGGAGUAUGGCCUCCAGGGCUAGAGGUGGGGCCCUCUUCUUGCAGUCAGAAAUCUGUCAAUUUGUACAACUCAGCCCUCUGGGCCUGACACUCCUUGGUCUAGACCACCAAAGCUUUUGUAAAAUAAAAUGACCGAAGUCUUGAAAUUA